AUGCCACCAAAAUCGGCUGAAUCUCUUCUAUUUCACAAGAAGAAGGCAAUAAAGAAGGAGCCCUCUACGCCGUCGACGACUUCACAAGGCUCUCAACCAUCCCAGUCACAGCAAUCCCUCCGCAAAUCCGUUACUCCCCGCGUACAGCCUAUUCCACCAGCCGGUGAUGCAGAUGACAGUUCUAAGCUCCCUGAUGGCGAGUUUUCCGAAUUCAAGCUCAUGUCCUCUGCCCUCAAUGGAUGGAAGUAUGAUGUUAUGAAGUUCGAUUCGAGAAAGACUAUAGACAUAUCAACCUGGGAGGAGCCGAUAAAGUUGAACAGGAAGGAAUUGAGAAGAGAAGAGCCUGGUUCAUCCUCUCAAGUGCCUGCGGGACAUAUGCUGGGGCCCGACGGGAAGCCUGUUGUUGGUUCAGAUGGAAACAUCGUUAUGGUUGACGCAGAUGGUCGGCCGAUAGCGAAGGACGGUGUUGAGGCUCAGUCGAAAGACAAGGACAAAGGCAAAGCUGGCGGGCGGAAGAAAUUUCAGAAGAAGACGCGGCAAGUGUUCUUGGUGCCUGAGGCAGUCCGUCAGCUGCGACGCGAGGAGCGUUACCCCUGGGUGAUGGAGGACGCAAAGCAGAACGAGAUGUGGGUAGGGAAACUGGAGGAGGUGGCAAGGGCAGAGACACAUGCUCUCUUUAUGCCAGCUGCACAAGAAUUCUUCAAAUUUGUACCUGCAAAUCGCUGGUACAAGUUCCAGAAGAAGCCUAAACAUCAUGUCCCUGGAUUAGAAGAGGCGGAGGCUCUGAUGGCCAAGAUUCAGAAGAAUAAGGACCCGGAACGCUGGUUGCUACACCGGAAAAAAGGGCAGGGACUCUCAUCGGCAACAUCAGAGAUGUUCAAAGCGGAGGCAGAAAACCGUGUUGUGUCUGGUGGCUCGUCACUGGUCCAUUCGUCUGGACAGAGUCAAGCUGUGGGUGGACGAGCGCUGCGGACAACGAACCGCGGGGCUCAUGAUGGCGGUGGCGACGACGACGACGAAGGCGGUCCCAGAAGAAAGAAGGAAGAGAAUGACAUGGAAGGAGACUUGGAUGAGCAGCUUUUUGAUGAUGAAUUUGCGGAUGACGAUGAGGCAGGUCCUGCCGAUAUGGACGAAGAGGAGACCAAAGAGUUAGAGGAACGCCUCAAACGAGAGUAUAAGAGUGCCAACAAGACCCGCGAGGGCUAUGUUGACGAGUCGGAGUCUGAGGAUGGGGAAAGUCAGCUGACGAAGGACGGCAAAUCUCUGAAGAAACUCAUGCGCAAGCUGGAGAAAAACGCAGCAUACGAUAGCGAUGAAGAGCGCAAUCCGUAUGCGAGCUCAAAUGACGAGGAAGAAGAAGAAGAAGAACCAAUUCCUCCCCAAGAACCACCUCAAGAGACUAAAUCCCGAUCAGCUUCUCAACCCCCAACUCCGAAACCAUCGCAGCCGCCUACCAGCACUGCCCCAAAUGGUUCUGCUGUUGGCUCUCGCGCUACUUCGCCGGCGCCUACGAGUAUGGGUGGCCAUUCUGUUGUUGCAAAACGCGCCACAAGUCCCAAAGCACCGAAACUUAAGACAACUUCUACAAACAACGGUCGCGUAACUAGUGGACAGGGUACUGGAAGUAGGGCAACCAGUCCCGUCACUGGUAGCAGAGCAACUAGUCCUUCACCACUAGCAAAGGGUCCAGGCAGCCCAGCACCAAAUGGACAGCCAACGUCAAACAAACGCAAGGCCGCUGAUGAGCUCGGCGGUAAUGCGGCGUCGGCGGGGGCUGCAGUAAAUGGUGCACCGAAGCCGAAGAAACGAAAACCGCUCCCCACUGGCCCGCCCCCGGACGGCGAAUUGGAGGAGAAGAUGCUCGUCAAGUGGUUACAGAAUACGCCCAACGCGACGACGCGGGACUGUAUUCAACAUUUCACGCCUUACUUGACUACAGAUGCGAAGAAGGCGAAGUUUACGGCGAUGGUGAAAGAGGUCGCUCAGCUGAGGGGGGGUAUCCUGAUCUUGAGGAAUAGCGAGGCUUCUGCAGCCGCCUCGCCGACUUCUUAA